UUGCACUUUGAUCCUUGAGCUUUCGGGCGAAACUCAAGAAAAUUUUCAGAGCCCUCGUCCUGUGGAUCAGAUGUUUGCUGCAGUGAGACGCGUCGGAGGGGACUAAUCGAGAAGGAGCGAUGAAUCCGUAGCGAAGCUGAAACUCAAGAGGUCACUGGUUGGAGUAAAUUUCAAGUUAUCCCUGCAGCAGUGAAGUUUGAACCCCAGUUGAUUCAUAAUGUUUGGAAACAGCCGUCCUUUCUCCUACUCGGGGGGUUUCAACUCAGACGACUACUCCCAGAGAAGAGGCUUUAGCCAAGAUGAGCCCAAAGAAUCAUUGUUUCAGAGAAACAGCAUGUCCAGACCUAGUGGAAGAUCCAUAUACAUGCAGAGAAAGGAAUAUUCCGAGACACUCAACAGGAACUCAGAAAGCUUUCAAGUCAGAGUGGAGCAUUUGUUCAUCUGCGAUAUUGAUGGCCAGGAGGUGAGAUCGGAGGAAGACUGUGUGGCCAAACUCAAGCGCCUUGAUGGCAAAGGUCGCCUGUGGCCCCAGGAGAUGUACUUAGAGAUAAAAGGAGCCUAUCUAGUGCUCUGUGACAUCGAGACUAAGGCAGAGUUGGAUUCGAUCCCUUUGAUGGGCAUCAAGAAAACCAGCGCAGUGCUGGACAGCUGUGCCUACAACUCUCUGCUGACACUAACUGUGCAGGAACCUGUCAAGCGUCUUCCUCAGGUCUUUAUGUUCCAGUGUGAGGAAACAGGGGCUGAUGUGAUUAAGGCUGAUCUGGACAAGAUACUGCAGAGAGUAGGUGACAUAGAUCCUCGCAGAGUGACACCGGACUUUAGUCGGGAGAAUUCAAGAAGCUUACGACAGAAUGGGCCCCGUCCCUUUCAGCAGGAUUCAAACCUACCCCCUCCGGACUACGUGGGCCCUCAGAGGCAAAACAGUCAGCAAGAUUACAUGCCUGACCCACGUCCUUAUUCUCCCCAAGAAGAGAUGUCCCAUUAUUCAGACAAUCGUGAUGCAGAUAUGGCUUUUCAGCAGGCAGAGAUAGCGAGAAGCACGGAGAUUUUUAACCACAUCAUAGCAGAUUUGGAGUUCUUCAUCGGCAAAGUGACUCAAGCUUUAAAUGAGCCUCAGCAGAAAUCACAGAAGAGCAAGAAGAUGAUUUCCAUGAAGAAAAAGUCCAAAUCAAAUGCUGCAGCCCCGCCGCUCAAUCUGCCACACUGGCAAGAGUAUGCCUCGUAUCUCCAGAAAAUCAAAUAUGGAUUCAAUCUGCUGGCCCAGCUGAAUGGAGCUCUGAGCAACCCCAGCGCUGCUGAAUACGUGCAUUUCUUCUUCAAUUAUCUGGACCUUACAUUUCGUCACUACCCCCCUGAUCUUCCUUCGUCAAUUGUCUCCCCUCUGCUGACUCAAGAGGCUGUGGAGAUGCUCCAUCAGGUGCUGAGCCCCCAGGAGCAACAACUGUGGCAGGCUCUGGGAGAGUGUUGGGCCAUCCCAAGGUCUGAAUGGCCGGAUAAUAAUGUCCCCCCUUACAUCCCGGAUUUUUAUGAUGGCUGGCAGCUCCCCGCACCCCUUCACCCACCUCCUGCACCUCGUCAGAACCAUCCAUUGAGCAGAAACAACAGCCAGCGCUUUCCACCGGGCGGACCGGGAGAUCCAAUGGGCAACGGCCAGGGCUUCUCACCCAGAGCUGUGCUGCGACGGCCUGAGGAGCCCAUGUCCAAUGGUCCAAUAAGCUCCCCUCCACCUCGGCGCCCGACCGAGCCUCCGCUCUACAUGCGUGUCAUGUACAACUUCUCAGCAAGGAACAGCCAGGAGCUGUCUGUGAUGCAGGGAGAAAUGGUUCAGGUGAUUCAGAAAUCUCGUCCAUGGUGGGUUGUUCGAAACAAUCGCAACGAGGAAGGUAGCAUUCCUCCGAACAUUUUGGAGCCAAUUGAUAAUGAGCCAUCCAUGGACGACCAGGAGUGGGACUCACGCGGCCACGUAACCCUCAACUACAACUCCAGCCCAGCAGAUGUGAAGGCAUGGCUCGAGUACAAAGGUUUCUCUAAAAUCACGGUCUCCAGCCUUGGUGUCCUGACUGGAAGACUGCUUCUGGGGAUGUCCAAAGAGGAGAUCAGGACGGUGUGCCCAGAAGAAGCUGGAAAAGUCGCAUUCCAACUUCAAUCUGUGAAGUCAUCCCUUGCACUCUCAGAUGAGCCCUCACAGAUGUACAACAGCCGCUACUGACAACAGUGACGACUGGGAUUCUGAAACAGCAGGACUCCAUGGCAGUUCUGACUCCUCGAUCAUCCGUUCUCACUCUCAGCAUCUACUGACACUCAUCCUAUUCAGUUUAUUUUUAUUUUAGAAAGUUUAGACUAGAGAACAACCGAUAUGUGCUGAGAUCCCAGAUAUGUGCAGCUGAUAUUUUUGGCCCGGUUCUUGGAGCCAAUAUUUUUAGUUUUUUUUUUUUUUAGAUUAUUAAAAA